CCCAGAAACGCUCCCGCGGUCCCGUGGGGCCCCACGGUGAGCCUGGAAGUGGGGAGACCCCAGGGCGGACUCGCUGGGCCCUCACGCUCCCGUCAAUCAUCGCGUACGGGGGCCCACGCCCCACUGCGGGCGCCGUGCCAGGUGGACGGCCGCGUGCCCUUCCGCCCCUCCUCGGCCGUGCUACUGACGGAGCUGACCAAGCCGCUGCUGUCGGUGGGCUCCCUGCCGGCCGGAGGGCGUUGGCCGGGGGCCCCCUUCGCCCUGCCGGCCCUGCUCUACAGCGUCAACAACAACCUGGCCGUCCAUCUGCAAUACCACAUGGACCCCACCUACCGGGUGCCCGACAACCUGAAGAUCGGCGGCACGGCCCUGCUCCACUGCGUCUGCCUGCAGCGGCGCCUGUCAUCACGCCAGGGCCUGGCGCUUCUGCUGCUGCCCACCUCCAGGGCCAACUACGCCACGGGGGGGGUCUGGGGGAGCCCGGCCGCCCCUGCAUGGCUCCGCCUGACGGCCCUGGGCCUGCUGCUGCUGCUCGGCGUGUACUGUCUUGUCUUGGGCCUGAGCUACGUGUCCACCGAGCUGCUUUAGGCCCUACAGAACCUCUUCCUUUACUCGUUCGGCGUGCUGGUCAACCUGGGGCUCCAAGUGACCGACGGCGGCGGCCCCGACCCACCGGACGGCCUCUGAGGCCGGGCCGGCCUGGUGGUCCUCAGCCAGGCCGCCAACGGGCUGCUCCUGUCGGCCGUCUUGAAGCCCAGUGGCAGCAUCGCCCGGCUCUUUGUCGUCUCCUCCUCCCUCGCGGUCAACACGGCGCCGUCGGCCGCCCUUCUCGGCCUGCGGCUCCCCGCCUCCUCCUUCCUGACCCUGCUGCUCGUCGGCCCGGCCGUCCGCCUUUACUACGGCAGCCGCUAGCCCCACGCUGGCCGGCGCCUCCCGCCUCCUCUCCGCCCCCCACUCCAUUUCCCUGGGGUCUCAUCUCCCCCAAGCUCUUCCCUCCGCGAUACAAGUGCCUUGUGGGGAGAGAGCUGGAUGGCUCCUGGACAUUGAGAGCAGAACUGGGUUGGCCCAAAGCACCGCCUUGGGAAGCAGCGUGGCCUAGUGGAAAGAGCCCGGGCCUGAGAGAGGACCUGGGUUCUAAUCCUGACUCCACCA